AUGGCCACCCCUAGUGUCCUAGCCUUUGACGCCGAGGGUCGCGCCAUUGAUUUUGAGGUCUGGCUAGAUGACCUGCAGCUUUUCUUACAGUGCGACAGAGCUGACAGCCUUUGUCUCUUUGACCUCACCUCUGGCGCCUCUCCUGCUCCUACUGCCGAUGCUGAUCCCACUGUCCGCUCUCAGUGGGCCACCCGCGAUGCUGCUGCACGUCUUGCUGUGCGUCGCCACCUCCCUACCUCUGAGCGUGCGCAUUUUAGUCAGUACAAGAGUGCUCAGACCUUGUACGACGCUGUAGUUGCACGCUACUCCUCUCCUGCCACUGCUGCACUGAGCCUCGCACGCCUCCCUGACUCCCUCCGCGUAGUCAGGGACCACUUUCUCGCAGUCUGUCCCACCACUCUCACCGUCGACCUCCUCGAGAAGGCCCUCCUCGCAGCGGAGAAGAGCAUAGUCGCUGUCGGUGCCUCUCGUGGUGACCCUCGCACCCCCAUCUUUGAGGGGUGCUCUCCUUCCCCCUUGCUGCCCUCUGUUGCCUCUGCUGCUGCGGCCGACCUGCUUGGUCUUGAGUCGGUCGGCGCGGCGUCUGCCCCUAGUGGGAGACGUCGCUCUGGCAAGGGCAAGGGGGGCAAGGGCGCGGGCGGAGCUGGAGGGGGCGGUGGCGGUGGCGGCGGAGGCGGCGGAGGGAGUGGGGGUGGCGGCGGGAGUAGUGGUAGUGGUGGUGGUGGUGGUGGCAGCAGCGGCGGAGACGGUGGUGGUGGUGGCACCGGUGGUGGUGGAGGCAGCAGCGGGAGUGGAGGCGGUGGAGGUGGAGGCGGUGGAGGUGGAGGCGGUGGAGGCGGCGGCGGAGGAGGCGGUGGUGGUGGAGGAGGUGGAGCUGGUCGUGGUGGUACCCAGCAGCGGAGCGGCGGUGGUGGUGGCCAGCGCUUGCAGCGGCAGCAGCAGCAGCGUUCGCGGGACAUCCCUCCGCCUCAGCAGCUUCGUGAGUGGUACACUGCGCGUCAGAGGGGUGGGGGUACUGGUCCUUGCGCCUACGUUCUUCGUUCCGGCGACCGCGCGGCGAUCUUUGAUCUUGAUUUUGAUGCUAUCCUUUCUGCUAUGUAUGCUGUGACUUAUAGUGAGGAGAAUGAGGGUUACCGGUGUUUCCAGCCCGACCCGGGCAUUGGUACUGCUGCCCUAGGUACUUGUGAGGCUGCUGCUCUAGGUGCCAGUGCGUCUGCGCUCUCAGGUACUAGUGAGACUGCGCUCUCAGGUGCUGGUGAGACUGCGCUCUCAGGUACUGCGUCGCCCUCGUCCUCCCUCACUUUCACACUUGACUCUGGGGCUUCUCGCUCCUUCUUUCGAGACCGCACUACCCUCACGCCACUUGGCCGACCGGUUGCGGUCUCCCUUGCUGACCCCUCUGGGGGUCCUGUCCUGUCUCACUUCUCCACUGUCCUCCCGUGUCCGGCUGCCCCUUCGGGCACCCUGUCUGGUCUGUACCUUCCCUCGUUCUCUACGAACUUGGUGAGUGGUGCGGACCUACAGGAUGCGGGGGUUCACCAGUUCACUCCUGCGAGGCGGCGGGUGACCCACUGCACGGACGCAGACACAGGCCGACACCUGGCCACCUUUUCGCGUCGGCCGGGGUCGAGUCUCUACACCCUGACCACUUCGUCUCCUCCUGUCCCUGUGUCUGGUCAGGUAGCUGCGUCAGGUCAGGUGUUUGCUGCUGCGUCCCGGUCAGGUCCUGAGUCUGCCCCCUGUUCGUGUCGCCUCCUGUCUCACGAGACUCUCCUGUGGCACCACCGUCUAGGCCACCCCUCCUUGGCUCGUCUUCGGAGCAUGGCUUCCCGUGUCCUUGUCUCUGGUCUUCCCCGGUCUCUCCCUCCUCCCCCCCCCGGGCCAGGGCCUUCCUGUGUCCCCUGUGUCGAGGGUCGCCUCCGGGCUACUCCUCACUCUUCCCACUUCCCCCCGACAGAGGCUCCGCUGCAGACGCUUCACAUGGAUGUGUGGGGCCCGGCCCCCGUCCGUGGGCAGGGUUACGAGCGCUACUUCCUGUUGGUGGUUGACGACUACUCGCGUUACACCACAGUCCUCCCCUUGCGCAGCAAGGGUGCUGUCACUGAGGUGCUGAUCGACUGGAUCCGCGAGGCUCGUCUCCAGCUCAGGAAGAGCUUCGGCUCUGACUUUCCUGUUCUACGUCUACACUCGGAUAGAGGCGGAGAGUUCUCCUCUCGCCUUCUGCGAGACUACUGUCGUGCACGGGGGAUCCGCCAGACCUUCACACUUCCGGACUCACCACAGCAAAAUGGGAUUGCUGAGCGCCGCAUUGGCAUGGUCAUGGAUGUCGCUCGUACGUCCAUGAUGCAUGCGGCUGCCCCCCAUUUUCUGUGGCCGUUUGCGGUGAGGUACGCGGCGCAUCAGCUCAACCUUCACCCGCGGGUCUCUAGGCCUGCGAUGUCCCCAGCCUUGCUGUGGACGGGGAAGGUUGGCGAUGCGUCUGUGUUUCGUGUCUGGGGAUCUCGGGCGUUUGUCCGCGACUUGUUUGCGGACAAGCUGUCCCCUCGUGCUGCUCCCUGUGUCUUCCUUGGCUUCCCCACUAACGCCCCAGGGUGGCAGUUCUACCACCCCUCCUCUCGUCGUGUUCUGUCCUCCCAGGACGUCACGUUCGACGAGUCGGUCCCCUUCUACCGUCUCUUCCCCUACCGCACCCCUUCCCUCCCCCCUCCCCCGGACUUCCUUGUGCCGGUUCCCCCCCCGGUAGACCCCCUUCCCCCUCAGGUUCCUGCUCCCUCAGGUGUGUCCCAGGUAGACGCCGUUGACCCGGUUGAGGUUACUGGUGACUCUGGUGCUGCUGCGGGUGCUGAGCCUGGGGGUGCUGACUCUGGGGGUGCUGUCCGCGGGGGUGCUGAGCCUGGAGGAGCUGCUGCUGGGGGUCCUGAGCCUGGGGGUGCUAGUGCGGAGGGUGCGGAGCCUAGGAGUGCUGCGCCGGGGGGUGCUGUCACUGGAGGUGCUGGGUCUGGGGGUGCUGAGUCGGGAGCUGCUGAGCCUGGGGGUGCUGAGUUGGGAGCUGCUGCGCCUGGGGGUGCUGUGUCUGGAGCUGCUGAGCUUGGGGGUGCUGCGUCUGGAGCUACUGCGCCUGGGGUUUCUCCUGCUGCUCAGCCUCCCCGGGAGCCUCUCUCUCCACAGGAGUUGCGCGAGUGGUUCGCUCGUCGUUGGAGGCGUGCUGCUGAGUCUGGGGGUGUUGCUGGAGCUGGAGCUGGACCUUCUUCGACUGACGAGGGUGCUGGUGCUGCCGGUCCCGGAGCUGCUGGGCCUGCGGGUCCUCUUGGAGUUGGCGCUGCUGAGGGUGUUGGUGCUGAGACUGCUGCUGUUGGUCCUGCUGCUGGAGGAGUUGGUGGCCCUGGUGCUGUCGCUGAGGGUACUGGAGCUGUCCCUGCUGUGCCUGGAGCUGCUGAGCGGCCUCGACCGUACUUCGUUCCGCUACUGCAGCAGGUUCUUGGUCUUUCUCCUCCGGUAGAGAGUCCACCGCCUGUCCAGUCGCAGUCCCUGCUGGAGCCUUCCUCUCCGCUACCUGCUCCCUCUCCUUACACUGGUCCUACUGGAGGUCUUGCUGAGCGUCGUGAGCCUGCGUCUCGUCCUGCGUCGCCUGUUCGUCCUGCUCGCGCUACUGGUCGCGGUUCGCGUCAGCGUCCUCCUCCUGUCCCUGGCACGCACCAGAUGUCUUUGCGUCCGUCCACUGCUCCUCUGCGUGCCCCUUUGCCUUCUCCUCCUGCGUCCUCUCUUCCUGCGCUUGCCGACCCUGCGUCGGACUCUCUGCGUGCUGCCAGUCCUACUGUCCCGCGUUUCCUUGCUACUGUGGUCACUGACCCUUCUUUCGAGUCUUCUGCUGCGUCUGCCCUACUCACUGAGCUUGUCGACUUUGCUGCUCGCUGUCGCUUAGACUACGCUGCUAGUCUUGUUGCUGAGUCUGCGUCUGUCUGUCCUCCAUCCGUCGGGGAACAUUAUAGCUGA